AUGUUAUUCACGAACAUUUCCAGCUCAAUGCCUUCAAGUGGUACUCAGACUCAACCAGACGGGGCUGUGGUUGUGAGUGGUGCGCAGGGUAUCGGAGCAGAGCAGGCAAUCGCCCGAAUUUCUGCACAACUCCAGCGCUUCACUGAUGUUGUUGAAUGGUCUGGAAAGCCUGAUCUAGAUCUUACUCUAGUUGUCGGCAGAGGUACUGAUGACAUACCGCAAGAUGACACCCUCUCAAAUUUCGUUGAAGCUGAAUUCUUCGAUGGUAAAGGAAAGCGUUUGCCACAUCAAUAUGACGUCGAAGCCUUGAGAAAGUGGUUUGAGACAGUAGUGAUUGGUCUCCGAGACGGGCAAACAGCCGAGGGAUCGUUCAGAAAGGGAGAUGAUAUCAGACUACUCGACCAUUCCCACGUCAAGCUUGGUGAACCUAGCUGGCGUGUGUUUCUCACACGAGUUAUGGCUGGCACGUUGCGACUUCCGAUUCAUGUAAAAACCGGGUUGGGUUAUAUCGAAUUCCACAACCCGAACGCUAACUACCCUUCGAAACGGCUAGAGCUAGGUAGGCACGACGUGAGCAACUCUAGCAUCACAUCCUCCACAUCUAAGAUACGCAAGAGAACACACGUUCAAGCCCCUUCAGCCAACCCUGAUGAUAUCUUCAUAAACAUCAACGAUGUAUUCAGAACAUCGCCAACCGUGUUGGACGAACCAGACCCACAAAGCCUGAUGAACGAAAUCAAUCCAAGUCUCGGCGACCGUUCGGAGAUAUGGACGCGCACAUGUCGAUUCUUUCAAUGUCCAGAGGAUACUACUGAGCUCCACGUCGCGGGUAUCAACGCACCAGUAAAAGGACACCAGCUAGAGGCUGCAUAUGCUAUCCUCACGCAAAUGAACACAAGUAUUGCUACGAUUAUGCUUAGCGACGCAAUGGGGCUCGGAAAGACCUUGGAGGUGUUCCUUGUCAUUGUUCUGUUCCAUCAAAUAAAGUUCGCGAGGGAGCAAAGGCUCGGACAUCUUCCAGCGGAUGUCAAAUCCGAGCCUGGGCUGCAAUGCCCACUGCAGGACACAUCACCGUUUAACUUCGUAUGUCCUUGCAACCCCCUGGGCGAUGCGAGCAUGAUUGCCCGGGUAUUGCCAGAUCUACCCAGUAUCAUUACUGUCCUACCUGGAUCAAUGGGCCAGUGGGUCGAGCAGUGGGACAAAUUCGUGGUCCAAACAGCGUCUGGAAAUUACCCGCACGAGGCUAUUGUCAAGCUUUUGGUUGAACAUCCUGAUUUUCCCGAUCGUCAAUGCAAAUAUAUAGUGGAAUUGACACACGCAUUUGUUGAACCCCUGAACAGAGGAACCCCUUCCAGGCCGUUGUGGGACUAUAAAACUUCAGCAGGCAAUACUAUUCCUGGCAACUGGCAAAGGCCUACUACGGCGAUAACGGUUAUCGGAUUGGGUGCCUCGUUCAUGUUUCUCGAUGAAUCCCAUCGGUAUUCCGGUGCAAUUUCGGGUGCCGAAACUGAGGCAAUUCGAUUUCUCCGAACUUUGAGGAUGUAUGGCAAAAAGCCUGUCCUGGCCGUACCUGUCUCCGGAGAAUUAAAAGAUUCUGGGCCUGCGUACUGGUGGCCGUUCUUAAACCACGCCCUGGACACAGCACGCGACCACAAGUGGUCCCUUGACCUCGCAGGGAUCAAUGAGAUCAAGAAUCUCAAACCAUAUGUUGGGGAUUACCAAUGGCUAGCAAAAAACUUACACAGAACGAACAAUAAGAGAGAACAAGCCGAGCUGAAAACCAACCUGCGUAUUAUGUUCAGUCAAUUGCUGUCUCAGACCAUGAUAGCCAGGAAACAGUCAGAUAUGUUCCAAGGGCGCAAAAUUGUCAAUGUAUCAGAAAUAGAAGUGAGCGAUGAGCUUUUACAAAUACCAGCUGGGCUUGCAAAAGAUGCGAUCGACCUUCUCAAUUCUAGGUGCCGGCUAUUUCUCCAACGCUUGUACGAUGAACAAAUGACAGUGUAUGCGAGAGGUGAGAUUCCCAAGCCAACACACGCCGCAGUCCAAAGCGCGUUCCUGGACGAUUAUGACCACAUAAGCAACAUGCGAUAUUACAAUGGUCAAGAUGCAACCUUUCUUACAGCACAGCGAUCCACAGUAUGUCCAGCUGUCGCCGAACUGUCAGAAUUAAGAUUGUUUAGCGAAAAGUGGUACGAGUAUGAAGGUGUGAAAGAUUACAUGUCGAAGAUUUCAAAUAUUCUCUGUAACGGACACAUAAGCGGAAAUAUAUACAAAGAAAUUGAGACCAUCCUCGCGAACACGCCAUGGUGGAGCCGCCGCAGCGAACUGUAUCGAACGUCCACCAAACUCCAAUGGACAAAAAAUUGGAUUGAACGAAAUCUCCUGCAAGGCAGAGCCCUACGUCCGCUGCAGGUUGAAGACGGCGAUCAUAUGAACGUGCAGCACGCAGUUAUCUUCACAGAUAACCCGUUAGACUCAUUCUUGACAUUCAUGUUGCUAUACCCCAAGCUCCAGGAAGUCGACUUCAUGCUCCUGCACGCUCAUGUGCCGACCGGGCCAAGAAGAUUUGGUCCGAGCCUUCAUCACCGAUCAUACUACUCAGAAUGGAUGUCCAGAAAAUGUCCGGGGUGGGAUAGUCCCCCAAAAGUGCUCAUUACGUCUUACAACGUUGGCGGAUUUGGUCUCAAUCUUCAGAGGGCUAACAAUGUCAUCCUGCUGACCGAAGCGCCGAAUCCGAAGGUCGAGGCUCAGGCCAUCGCCCGAGUCAUGAGACUCGGACAGAGGCUGCCGAUGAGGGGCUUCAAGCUCAGGUAUGAGAGCCACGCAAUGGAAAGCGUUCGCUGUUGUGUGAACAACAACAAGUUGGCACUUGCAGCGGUCGUCCCAGAAGAGGCUGCCAUGGGAUCCCCUCCCGGUGUAGCCGAGCCGGCAGAUGAGUUGAGAGGCACGGCUGGCCAUUCCGCAGACCCGACAGACAUGUCGCCUGAUACAUCAAGCAACAUGGACGACAGUUCGCUCGAACUUAGCUCCGGGGGCGGAUUGUCUAGACAAGUGGACGAUGUUUCGUCUGCUACAUUGGCCAACACAGACGACACGCUCGAUCCAUAUCUCGAGCUAUAUGACUACAGGGGUAGAAUCUCAAGAGAAGCGGACGAUGAUUUAUCUGAUACAUUAGAUAAUACGGACGACACGCUCGAUCCACAUGACUACAGGGACGGGAUGCCAAGCCAAGUGGACGAUGAUUUAUCUGAUACAUUAGAUAAUACGGAUGAUACGCUCGACCUAUAAAGAGGCGGAAUGAUAAGCGGUUGUCG